AUGGGCCAAAAACUUCUAUUUGCAUCUUACUUGCCCAAAGACAAAGAGGCUCGAGAUAUGCUUUUGAGGCACUUAAACGCCAUAGCGAACAAUGCUUUGGCGAAAGAGCCUGGAGUGCUGAAGCGCAUCAUUACAACAUCAAAAGAAGAAUCCACAGACCCUGCCGUAUAUGUUUUUGAAGAGUACGCCGACGAAGCCGCGUUGCAAACCCACAACCAAGAGGAUGCUGUCAAAGAAAUGAUCAAUUGGCUGAGGCCUGGAGUCUUGAACAGUGCUCCGACCAUUCACCGACUCGAACCAUUAGAAGGGUGCAACAAUUUUACAAGGCCUGAAGUCGCAAAUCACGCAGACUCCUUCAUAGUGUUUUCCGAAGUCGAGUACAAGCCGGAUACGGCAUCGAAGACACACGCAUACUGGGAAGACAUCGUCAACACUUCCAGGGCUGAAAGGCCAGGUACACUCAUUUAUGGUGUAUGGAAGGACAUCAAUCAACCCAACAAGCUAUUCAUAUUUCACGCCUAUGAGAGCAUGGACUAUCUGAUGAAAGUCCAUGUCCCGAGCAAGCCAGUUCAAGCGAUGCUUGAGAAUGAAAAAGACCUCAGGAUCGGCCUCCGUCCUUGGAUGCUUCAAAUGAGAGGGGGUUAUUUGUACAAAGACCUCAAAUAA